AUGAAUACGGAAAGUUCCCGGAAGUUUCGGGAGGCUACGCAACGCGACCCAUUUGUCUGGCCUAGGCCCCUGAUGCUCAGCGACCUCCGGGCGCUCCUCGGCAAAGGCAAUAGGGAACCAUCCCCCGGUCCGGACCGAUGGGAGAAAUGGACAGUAACGAUACUUGGAGACCAAGCGAUGUCUGUUGUUCUGGCACUCCUGAACUAUGUACUGGUGCACAACUACUUCGACAAGCUGCGCGACCACUAUCUGCUUCCGAUGUUCAAAAAUCGCGGACUGUCUUCCCAACUGAGUAAUUACCGAGCGGUCUGUUUUGGCAAUUUCUUGGCGGUCACAGCGGCUGGAUGGUUUACACGUCAGGCGCAAGCUUACGCAAUGAAACACCACAUGAUUCCAGAAACACAGGUGGCCGUCCAGAGCGGUGUACAACAGCGCGACCUCACAAGUUUCCUAGCGAACCUAGAAGCCUGGGCGUUCCGGGCCAAAACUCCGAUCUACGGGCUAGUACGAGACCAAAAGAAGGGCUUCGACCUGCUCAGACCAGAAGCUGGGUAUGACGCCUACCAUUUUUUCGGCUUUGGCCCAAACGCAGAAGCUUUUGACCGAGCCCGAUUGGCACACGGCGCUUUUAUCGUCAAGACACCGUACGGCCUCGCGGAACCUUUCGAAGUGGACGGGCAGAUGAAACAAGGGGAUCCCCCGAAUCCUCUUCGUUUCUCCUUGGCCAUGGCUAUGGGCUCUUACUGGCUGGACGAACAAGCGUUCGAGGACCCACUACUCAUCACAACACAGAACAGGGCACGCUCAAACAACCAUACACAAGCGGAUGAACUGACCCUCAAGAUUACUCAGGUAUCUGCGAUGGACGACACCAUACUACUGGCCAAGAGUGAAAGGACGCUGGCAGCGAUGACUCUCUACAUGGAGCAUUUCCAGGAAGCCUACGGAGCCUAA